AUGAGAAAGAGAGGAGAAAACAAGAACAGAUUCUUUAGAAUCAUCACCAUGCCUCUAAAAGUUUUAGGCAAGGCUCGUGACCUCUACAUGCGAAGCAUCACAGGCUGCGCAGCUCGCACUCACUACUCCUCAGCUGGUGCCGUCUCCGUUCCCUUUCCGAGAAGCCGGAGCACCUCCUCAGCCUUCUCCUCCACCACCUCUUCGCGGAGGAUGUCUUCCGAUUUCACCUUCGACGAUGACUACAGCGAGCUGGUCAGAGCUGCUUCCGUUAGGAGUUUAGGUCAUAAGAACGAGAUUGACAUGAUCAGACAUCAGCAACUACAGCAGCGGCAAGAAAAUCUCAUGAAGAGAUUCACGGUCUGCUAGCUGCUUACCCUUUACACAGAAAGGUUGAAUCUUUGUGUAUUUUCCUCAAGAUUUUCACUUACCCAUUUGAUAACUUGAUCUGGGUCUGAUUCUGUUAUGUUAGAAGCUAAGAAACAGUAUGGAGAAUUCAAGAAACAACAAUGGAGAGGUUAGGGUUUCAAUGGUUUGAUUGUCUUUUCGAUAUGUUUCUUUCUUAAUAGACAAGUCUUGUUCACUUCUUGAUAUCUAAGCUAAACGUUUGAUUCGACC